CACGGCAACGAGAGGAAAACAAAACUAAACGGCAUUCGGCCAUUCUUUUUACAAAAAUGCGGGCACGGGUGUAUUUAAUGCAAAUAUACAUUAUUUGACAUUGUGUGUAAUUGAUCAUAUCGAGGUGAGAACAUUUCCAGAACGUUAUUUCAAGCUUUGUUCGUAUUGUAGUAAAAUGGCAAAAAGCUAUGGACCGCUUGUCAAGAAGGCCAUUGCACUGAUUGAUCAGUAUCCAGCUAGCAAACAGACUCUGGACGACUUUAUUGAAGAUGCUUCAAAAGAUCUGAAGGACAUGGAACCUCAGCAUAGGGAGUUUGUAAUCAUUGUUGUUUCGGGAUGUAUUGAGCAAAAGAAGAUACUGGACAUCAUCAUCAAUUCCUUCUAUGGCCAUGAUGGGAAACACAUAUCAAAAUAUUUUCGCAGCCAGUUUCUCGUCAUCUGUUAUCUCACUAUAUUCCACUUUGAUGAACUUGGACUUAAGGAUUUCAGCAACAUUGUCCGAUCUCUGAAUAUUGAGAACAUGCACAAUUUCCUGAGUUUCGUCUUUACAAACCUCACCACUUGGAUAGAAGAUGAGUUGAACUGUAUCUAUGAUGCCCAGUAUGUGAAGAACCACUGGAUUGACCCACUGCUAAGGAGGCGCUCCAAGAUUUGGAUGUUCAUAAAGAGGCUUGGAGCGGGUGAGAUGCCAAACUCUCCAUCCAAAGCCACCGAGCCUGUAGAGUUCUCUUUUUUUAACCGUAAACCACCAUCUCGACCUCAUCCUGAGCUCAGCCCUCUGCCAGAAAAAUACAUACCAGUACCAAACAGCAUGUACACAGUUCCAAAAGAGGUUCAGAUAUUAGACGAUCUCAAGCAAAGGAACCAUCAAAUGACAGAGGAGCUGCUGUAUGAGGCUAAUAUGACACCGUUCAAAUGUGCAAGACCUCAAAAGUCCGAAAACACAAUGAGGGCGAUGGCCAAGAUAAAGGAAGAGUUGGACACAAAACUCAAGUUCAAUUCCAUUUUUAAAAGUCAGCCUUCUCCUAGUAAUAAGAAAACGUGGCCUGUAAAACUCAACAGUGCCACAAUCCUGCGACAGAGGGCGCUACAUGACCGCAAGGUGGAGGAAGAGCUGCAGAGGUUAGAUAAUCUGGUGAAAGGGGCGUAUGAGCCCUCUUCUUUUCUUCAGUGGCAAAAAGAAAUGCGUGACAAAGAGCAUCGAGAGAAGACAGCAAUGAUUGAUCAGAAACAUGCGGACAUACUAAUCAGCCAUCUUGAGAUUGCGAUGGAACGCACAAAAGCAACAGAGUGUAAAAAGAGGGCUGCUCGGCUCAAAAAUGAAGAGGCGUCUCGGAUGAAACUGAAAACUGUACAGAAAAUAAUGCAGGAGGUAAACGAAAAGAGAGACUUGGUGCAACAAGUAUCAGAGAACUGUAAAAAGAACCCCAAAAAAGCUAAAGAGAAGGUGAAGAAAUUCAAGCGAAGUGUCGUAAAGGAAAUAUCAGAGCACAGUCAAGAGCUCCUUCGUCAAGCGCAAGAGGAAGCGCAGGCAGAGCUCGACAGGAAGUUUGAAGCCAUCAGUGAACUCCACACAAUUGAAUAUUGUCCUCUCACUAGGCUCAAAUAUUUUGAUGACACAGAGACUGCAGGUCAUGAGCUGCUAGGAGAGCUGUCCCACGCCGAGGUGAAGGAGCGUCUGUUCUUCAUGAAGGAAGCAGACGUGAAUGAACAGCAGAAGAAAAGGGACUGCAUCCUAGAGGAGAAAGAUAAGAAGCAGCAGCUGCUGUUGGAGGACAUGGACAGCAUCAACCUCCACAGUAGAGUCAUGGGAAUGGCCGCGGCCCUCAGGAAAGAAGAGGAAAAGGAAGCCAGGUUUAGAUUGCAGCAGACUCAAGAGGAGACAAUCAUGGCUCUGCGAAAGAAGUUUGAAGAGAAAAAGCAAGACUAUCAAAAAAUGAAGACAAUUUUAAGCAAACCAUCAAAGCAGGCAGCAGCAAACACUCUUAAAAACACAGAGACCCACAGAAAAUCUGGAUUGAAGAAGAUCAACUGGGAGGACUUGGAGCAGAGUUUAGAGGAGUACAUCGAGAGGAAAGACUCUCAAAUUGUAUCACAACGGGGACCACUCAGAAAAUAAAUGCAUGCAAAAAGGCCUUUUAGAAUGUCUGCAUGUAUGGUCUCUUGCUCCUAGAUUAAUUCGUCCUCAGAACAUUCAUUGGAUUUUUAAAAAUUCGAUUUUGAGGAUUAUCUGUCUUCAACUAAAUGACGCCGACUCAGUCUUUUCUAUUUGCUCUGGUCUGCUCAAUGGAUGUAGUGUAAAUGACUAGUAGUUGUAAUCUAUAAUCAUCAUUCGCAAAACACUUUUAUUAGUUAGAUGGACAUUUAAC